UAGCAAUAAGAUGAGCGGAAGAGGCAAAACCGGAGGCAAAGCAAGGGCUAAGGCCAAGACCAGGUCAUCCCGCGCCGGGCUGCAGUUCCCCGUGGGUCGUGUUCACAGGCUUCUUCGCAAGGGCAACUACGCUCAUCGUGUGGGAGCUGGCGCACCCGUCUACCUGGCAGCCGUGCUCGAGUACCUAACCGCUGAGAUCCUGGAGUUGGCCGGAAACGCGGCUCGUGACAACAAGAAGACUCGUAUCAUCCCCCGUCACCUGCAGCUGGCCGUCCGCAACGAUGAGGAGCUCAACAAACUUCUCGGUGGCGUUACGAUCGCUCAGGGUGGAGUGUUGCCCAACAUCCAGGCGGUACUUCUUCCCAAGAAGACUGAGAAGGCCGUUAAAGCCAAGUAA